AUGCUCCGUGGCCAGUGUAAGACGUUCUGUCAGUGUAACUAUUGUAAGCAGCCGCGGGAGCAGACAGGCGCUGCUGCCGACAGCGCCAAGCUCGUUUCGGGUAAUGGACGCAACAAGGAUGAACUGUAUCUUCGCACUCUUAACCAGAGCCUUCGGGCAAGGAGCCUGAUGGCCAGCUCAAAGAAUGCUCAUAAAUUUAAACCUGACGAGAUGCUGCAAAGCACAAGAGGGGACAUGGCGAGGGCCGCGCUAACUGUUCCAGUGCGACGCCGUGACCGCCUACAGGAGCUCCUCAUUCUUGAGAACAAAGGGCGGAUGAAAGCUGAGCGCCAGCUGCGGCGCGAUCGUCGGGCGAUGGGGCUUCCGGAAGACGAGGACGAUACACUGCGGGAGCGCGGCGUUGGCACACGUGAUGACUUCCCUGAUGCAGCGCCAGAGAAUGAAUUGCCCGCCGCUGAGGCGGCGGUGCGGCCGGGGUGUUCGGCGGAAGAGGAUUUGUGCCAUGCGCUGAACACCAUUAAAACUAUCACAGACGAACAUGCUGCGGGUGACGCGAGCAAACCGCUAACGGCGGAGGGCAUCCGUCGGCUGCGUCGGCUUGUGCAUGAGCAGGAUGAAAAGACAAAGAGAAUGAUCGCCGAAUGUCCACAGCAGCCCCACAUGUGUGGUCACUGCUUUGCCGUCAAUGCUCAGGGGAAACACCUCUGCCAGGUUCCACCGCCACACAUCCUACGCGACACGCUUCUUCCCUCUAUCCACGGUCAAUCCAAGCGUCGCUUCAAGUACAACACGCAUCCGUACGGCAGCGGCGUGGUGUGGGUGCCACUUGAGGAAGAGGCGAGGGAUGAGGGCAGCAAGUACGUCAUGCCCACUGCCGCCGAAGCGGCCGACGCCGCCGAGGCGGAGAAGCGGGGCAGCGCCAGGUCGGACGACGACAAGGCAGAAGCCGCGUACCAGUAUCCUGGGAGCACGUACAACAAGUAUCUAAACGGUGCAAAACCUGCCAAAGAAGUGACAACGAAAGAAGGAGUAUUACCAGAGAUGGCUGACGGUCGCGCAGGCUUGGUUGACUCGAAGAGUUUGGAAAAGGGGGGCAGCACCGGGGAUGAGGCGCCACCCGCCGCUGGUAAGAGCGGGCCAGCAAAGGAGCCACCCACCUAUAAAAGCUCUGCUGCGCUGUGGCGUACCACGAAUCAAGAUCGUGCGGCUCAAAUGCAGCGGUUCCUGGAGUUUAAGAAAUUACACGCCGAUGCAGCUCGUGUUUAUGCCGAAAGCGCAGUGAAGCGCCGCGCCGACGGUGGAUUAUCUCCUGCCGUUGCCGCAGUUGGCCAAAAUAGUUAA